AUGGCACCUCCUCCUCAUCAGGAUUAUGAUGCAUACAAAAAGGAGCUUCCGAUCUUUGAUGUGAAGCUGUUCAACAAAUGGACCUUUGAACAUGCAAGUCUGGAGGAUUAUAUUAGUGGUGAUGCAACCAAGCAUGCUACUUAUAUACCGCUUACGGCCGGAAGGUACUCGGCAAAGCGGUUCAGGAAGGCUCAAUGCCCCAUUGUGGAAAGCUUGAUGAACGCAUUGAUGAUGCACGGACGCAAAAAUGGCAAGAAGUUGAUGGCAGUCAGGAUUGUGAGGCAUGCUAUGGAGAUUUUUCAACCUUCUUACGGUCCAAAACCCCGUCAAGUCAUUAUGGAUGCUGUUUUUAGCAGUAGUCCAAGAGAAGAUGCGACUCGAAUUGGCGCAGCAGGUGUGGUUAGGAGGCAAGCGGUUGAUGUCUCUCCACUUCGCCGUGUGAACCAAGCAAUAUAUCUUCUUGUCACUGGUGCUCGUGAAAGUGCUUACAGGAACAUCAAGACUAUAGCUGAAUGUUUGGCUGAUGAAUUGAUUAAUGCUGCCAAGGAAAAUCAUUUAAAUGUUGACAUGAUUUUAAGUCAUUUUAUUUUUAAAAAAGUUGACAUGAUUUUCCCUUAA